AACAACGACUUGAGUACUUUGACUUAUCUCAUCGAUUGCACUACAUGUGGAUUCAACAGCUGAGAAAAGGAAAAAUGUUUUGAAUUGAAAUUGAUCAAAACCGUAACCUUUCCCAACAAACACAAUGUCUCAAGUACAGAAUUACCCAGAAUUAGGGGAUUUGAAACAUCUCUAAUGUACGAAGUAUAAAAGCUCGAACUGCUGUCCCAUCAACAGCAGUUUUCAUUUAACGAAAUGUUUGCAACAACGAUUCUUUUCGCGUCUUUACUGGCUCUGUCCUCUGCCUUCCCAUCUUCAAAUGAUGGACGGAUAGUGAAUGGGCAAACGGCCACCUUAGGGCAGUUUCCCUUCCAAGUGCUGUUGGUAGUUCAUCUCAAUCCUGCUGGUUCUGCUCUUUGCGGAGGAAGCUUGUUGAGCAACCAGUGGGUUCUUACGGCAGGACAUUGCACAGAAGGAGCAAAAUCGUUCGAAGUUCAUCUGGGAGCGGUUGAUUUUGAGGAUAAAACAAAUGACGGCCGUGUUGUCCUUAAGGCAACGGAGUUCUACCGCCACGAAGAGUACGACCCAGUUUUCGCCACGAAUGACGUAGCCGUAGUCAAACUUCCCCGACCAGUGGAGUUUAAUGAACGGGUAAAACCUGUGAAGCUGCCAGAAGGAAAUGACAGCUUUGCUGGCCGUAAGACCGUUGUCAGCGGAUGGGGACUGCAGAAGGAUAUGGGUAAAGUGGCCGAAAAGCUGCAGUACGCGCCAGUGAAGGUUAUUACCAACGAAAAAUGUUCGGAAGCAUUCAGUUCGUUGAUAAUUAAGAGAAGCACCCUCUGUGCUGAAGGAGAACAUAAGGAGUCCCCGUGCAAUGGCGAUUCUGGUGGCCCAUUGGUUUUGGAAGGUAGUGAUGUGCAAGUGGGAGUGGUCAGCUUCGGACACGCAGCUGGUUGCGAGCUUGGCUACCCGGUAGCGUUUGCGCGGCUCACUUCCUUUGUCGAUUGGGUGAAGCACAAAACUGGACUGUGAGAAACGUUAUAAAGGUUAAACGGAUUGUUUAAGAUCAGGUUAUCUGCGUUUGUUGGCAUAAACAAUAUUGUUUAUAAAGGAUAAAAUGAACAAAUAAAUAAUUUUAUGCAAUUCAGUA